GCAUGGUUUUAGUUCAGUGGAGUGAGCUGACAGAGGAGCUCGCCACAGAGGGAGAAAUAUUUGGACUUAACUUCCAGCAGCGUGGAGGGACACUGGAAGGCUUCUGUGAGUGGAACUGUGUUAGAGCAGCUACUCCACUACCUGUCCAAUCAGCGCUGCAGAGCAGUGUCAGGAUUACAGGUGUCUCUGCUGAGGAACUGAGGAGAACACAAGGUGGUUCUUCUGCAGUCGCAGAACAGGACGAAACACAUGGUCCAACAAACCCAGGCCAACCAACAAUGAUCUUCAGAGAUUUGCCUGUUUGAGCAAUGACAGUAUAUGAAUUAUCUGGGAAUACAGUGGAAUUCGUGCCCAGUCCGUACCAGCAGGUCAAAUCCAGCUUUUGGAUGUUCAUUCUCAUCCUCAAACUAACCCAGUUUUUCUUUGUUUGUUUUUAACAUUGCUUUCCCUUUUUUUGACAAACACAUUCACUGAUGAUAACAAAGAGAUAUGUCACUAUAUUCCUGGUGGGAUCCUGCUUGUUAUUGGACCACUCCUCCCAAAUCCCUUUGCAGACUUCCCUCCACAACAGAACUAGCAGGGGUGCCAUUACAUUAACUGGUGGAGGAAGGAAAAAUCUGAGUUUGAGGCCUGCUUUGGGGGAAGUUCCAUCAGUGGAGGGCAAGAGGAGAUGGCGGAGGCAGGGUAGGUUGGGAGCUCACCGGAUUAAAAGAGGAUGGGUGUGGAACCAGUUCUUUGUCCUGGAGGAGUACAUGGGAUCUGAACCUCAGUACGUUGGAAAGCUCCACACAGAGAUGGACCAGGGAGAUAAUGCAGUGAAAUAUACACUCUCAGGAGAGGGAGUGGGGUCCGUCUUCACCAUUGACCAAAUGACAGGAGAUAUACAUGCACAGGUGGUGCUUGACAGGGAGAAAAAAUCGUUCUAUACGCUGAAGGCCCAGGCUGUUGACAUUCAUACAGGCAUCCCUCUCGAGCCAGAGUCCGAGUUUAUCAUCAAGGUGCAGGAUAUUAAUGACAAUGAACCUCAGUUCCCAGAUGGACCCUACAGCGCCAGUGUCCCAGAGAUGUCCCCAACAGGAACCUACGUGACACAGGUGACUGCCACAGAUGCAGAUGACCCCACGUACGGCAACAGUGCUCGCAUUGUCUACAGCAUCCUUCACGGCCAGCCCUACUUCUCUGUGGACCCCAAAACAGGUAUAAUUCGGACAGCUCUGGCCAACAUGGACCGUGAGGUGAAACAGGAAUACCAGGUUCUUCUCCAGGCCAAGGAUAUGGGUGGUCAACUGGGCGGACUGGCCUCCACCACCAUCAUCAAUAUCACCCUGACUGAUGUCAAUGACAACCCUCCGCGCUUCACUAAGAGUAUUUUUCAUCUUCAUGUACCAGAGUCAGCAUCAUUGGGUGCAGCUGUGGGACGAAUUCAAGCCCAGGAUUUGGAUGUAGGCAGCAACGCACGGGUGGAUUAUGCCAUUGUUCCAGGAGAUGAGGGCAACAUGUUUGACAUCAUCUCUAAUGGUCAAAGUCAAGAAGGGAUCGUUGUUCUGAAAAAGACUCUUGACUAUGAAACCCAAGCAUCCUAUACUUUCAAGGUGGAAGCAUUUAAUGCAGAGCUAGAUCCCCGUUUCCUCCAUCUGGGGCCCUUCAAGGACUCUGUGACAGUCAAAAUUAACGUACUGGAUGUGGACGAGCCUCCUGUCUUCACCACGCCUUACUAUUCUUUGGACGUGUACGAGGACACUCCCCCAGGAACCAUCAUUGGCUCAGUGACCGCUUAUGACCUGGAUGCUAGUAGCAGUGCUGUCAGGUAUUCUCUGGAGUGGCAGACUGGCUCUGACAGCUUUUUUGACAUUGAGACGGUGGAAGGAAUCAUAUCCACAAAUGAAUACUUGGACAGAGAGACAGCUGUUCUGCACAAUAUCACUGUGGUGGCAACCAAACUUAAUAAUCCUUCGCUGUCUGCAGAAGUGUUAGUGAAGGUCAACGUCCUGGAUGUGAAUGAGUUCCCUCCUCAGCUCACUGCUCCUUCAGAUACAUUCGUCUGUGAAAACUCCAGAGCUGGACAGGUGAUCCAGACAGUCGGCGCUGUGGACGAGGACCAUCCCCCUGUAGGCCAGAGGUUCUUCUUCAAGUCCUCCAAGGAGCUCCGAAACAGAAACUUUACUGUUAGAGAUUAUGGAAACAACACUGCUGGGAUUGUGACUCGACAUUCAGCUUUCCAGCGGCGGCUGCAGGAUGUCUACAUCCUUCCUGUUGUAGUUGAGGACAGCGGUUACCCCGCUCAGAGCAGCACAGCUACCCUGACCAUCAGAGUGUGUUCCUGUGAGACUGUGGGCUCACCUCUGACCUGCUCACCAGUGGCCAUGUUCCUGCCCGCUGACCUCAGUGCUCAAGCUUUGUUGGCUAUUCUUCUGAGCAUUGCUCUGCUGAUUGGUAUGUCAGUGUUAUACAUGGGUCAGAGGCCCCAGAAAGUGAAAGACACGCUGAUGAGAUCAAAAGAAGACAUCCGUGAUAACGUCAUUCACUAUGACGACGAGGGAGGUGGCGAGGCUGACACUGACGCGUUCCACAUGGGCACCUUGUGCAAAACAGACCACAGCAGCAUCUCCAACAAGAAGAAAAAUGGCUAUGGCGACGGCAUUCUGAUGCAUCUCAGCACCCACUGUGACAAUGUCAGGUCACCUGACAUCCAUCUGCAAACAGCCAGCUUCAUCGCCACCGGGAACAAGCCUCCACUCUUCUGCCGCGGCAGGGCGACCCAAGGCGAUGCUGAAUUGAUCAGAGAGGUCAUUGAACACCGACUGAAGGAGAGCCAGCAGGGGUACGCGGCCCUACCUGGUGAUUCACUGGCAACCUACGCAUACGAGGGGGAUGGCUCAGAGGCUCAUUCUCUCUCAUCCAUAGAGGACUCUUUUGUACUUGACAGUUUAGGGGAUUUUAGCUCGCUUGGUGACUGGGGACAGCCAUUUAAAACACUGGCUAGCAUCCUUGACAAACAGCCACCGUCUCUCUUUAACGAGAGCUGAGAGGAAAUUGAACUGAAUAUUAGUUCAAUUAGGUCAAAUAUUAUUAGGGCCCGAGCACUGAGAGUGCGAAGGCCCUAUUGUAUCUGCUCCGUUUAUUAUUAUUAUUAUUAUUAUUAUUAUUAUUUUUCAUUGAAAUGAAUUGCCUUUUUGAGGGCUUUAACAUGCUCAAAAACUCUUGAAAUUUUGCACACAUGCCAGGUCUGGUGAAAAAUUUUGUAUUUUCAUGGUUUUACAUACGAGCACUGGGAAAUGGCUCUAGAGCGCCACCUAUGCGUUGUUGUUUUUUUUUUGUCUGUCCCAUUUGGUUCUUUAGCCGUCAGAAUUGUUGUCUGAAGACCAACAAGGAUACCAAAUGGAUUUAUUUUGCCAAAUGGAUCAUCAUGGCAUUGCCGUAUUGGUCCAUUUGAUCAACCUUUGUUGUUAUUAUUUAUUUUAUUUUCAGUUGUUACAGAUGAGACAGACAUGAUUGGGGGAUAGGAAAGGGAGAAAGAAAGAGAGGAAGGAAAAGAAAAACAGAAGGGAAAAGGGACAGUGAGAAAGGGCACUUACAAAGACAAAGAGAAAAAAAAAAAAAAAUCUCCUGGAUCACCUGUUGAGAGAAAAAGAAUAGAAAACAAGCAAAAAAAAAAAAAACAAAGCAACAUACUAAACACAACACCAUCAUGUUAAUCUAGCUAAGUGUAAACAGCAAUAAAUACUAAAUAUUGAAUGUUGUUGUGCAGCACAGACAGCGCACAAUGUGCUUUGAAGUAGCAGCUAAGAAAGGUGUAGUUUAUGUCUACGAACAGUGAACAUCCAUGUGCACACCCGUGUGGAUCAGCGCGCUUGUAUACAGAAGGUUUCCCCAUGUAACGGUCUGCUAGAGGGUGUGGAGGGCCAUAGCCCCGUCCCCCAGGGCAUGAAGCAGGCAUGGAGGAGAUCCAGGCUCCAGACAUCCAGGGACCCCAGAGUGCGAGAGCCCAAGGAGUACCACCGGAGGGGCAUCCGUGCCACCCUCCUGGGAAGGGCUGAGGAGAUCCCCAGAUGAGGGGUCACCCAGUAGCCACGGAGCAGAAGCCAGAGGGGGCUGCACUGGCGCGCCCGCCGGCUCUGCCAGCAGCCAGCUGUGCCAGAGUGAACCGAGCUGCAGGCCCCGAGGCCGGAGGUUCGAGGGCCCCCUUUGCCCCGGAAGAGGCCUGACCGAGCGACAGGCACCAGGCCCCGCCAA